AUCUUCUCCCAGCUGGGGGGUUUCUCAGAGCUUCCUGAGGGGCAGAGGCUAGCGAGGGCAGGCGGAAAGAGGAGCUUGGAGGAGCCACUGACGGAGCCCAAGCGGCUGCACCUGGAGGAGUCCUGGGAGGACGGCCCUCAUGCUGAGCUUGUGCAGGAAUAUCAGCUGCCUGUAGAUACACUAGAAGGUCAGGCCUUAUGCUGCCCGAACCUUCUCCAGAUGGGCCCCCCUACCCAAGCCACCAUCAUGCCCACUCGGGCCUGUGUUUCCGCCCAGCAGAAUCACAACCAGUUAGUGCCCAGUACAGAGAACCCCGGCUCCCCUAAAAACCAGUCCCAAGCUGAUCACCCAUUUGAGCUCAGUGGCACCAUUUCCCAGACCCCCGACCCCAGGACUGGCGUUUCACUGGGAGGCAGCAGCACAGAAGGCUCCCACAAUGGAGGGACAGCAAAAUCAGAAAUGGACUCAGCAUCCAGUUCUCUGGAGGGCUGUUCAGACAGGACAGUGGGUGGUGGAUCUUCCUCAUCAGUGCACAACAGUCCAGCUUCUCCAGAUAAAACCCCGAGCGGCCCACGGACACUGCUCCCCGGCCCAGGGUCCCCCCCGCUUGGGUCCUGCCCAGCUAAGCGGCGGCUCCUGUCCCCCAGCGACACGGGGGAGUCCUGCUCCGAGGAUGAAGGCCCAUCCACCUCCAAGAGGAGCCGCCUGACAUCAUUGGGCCCAGGCCUUGGCCUGGGAUCGUGCCGCAGCACUGACGCCAAGGCUGCCCCCUUCUGGAAUCACCUCCUGCCUGCUGCCCGCGAGUGGCCCAAAGGCGUCGCUCCUGAUUGCCCCAGAGGGACACGAAGACUGAAAAGUGGACUUAGACUUAAAUCGCAUCAGCUCCGUAGCCGACGGGGGGGGGAGAGGUGCCGUGCUGCUCACUCCCCGUGGCCUGCAGCCUCUAUCAGUCGCUCCCUGCUGGGGAGUUUUGAGGAGUCGAUCCUGAAGGGGCGCUUCUCCCCGUCGGGCCAAAUUGAGGGCUUCACAGCGGAGAUCGGUGCUAGUGGCUCCUACUGCCCCCAACAUGCCAUCCUCCCUGUUCAGGUCACCUACUAUGACAUCUCAGAGCAGAGCGCCCCAUCACCCUUUCUGGGAGUUAUUUACCUAGAGACUCUUGGGAAAAAGGGAUACAGCGUACCCAAAGCAGGGACCAUCCAAGUGACCUUAUUCAACCCCAACAAAACUGUGGUGAAGAUGUUCUUAGUAACAUACAAUUGUGAUGACAUGCCUGUCAAUCACGUGACCUUCCUGCGUCAUCGCAUCUUCCUGGUUCCCGUGGAGGAAGGUGAGAAGCCAACUGUCCAAUCGGAGGAUGGAACCACAGAAAGGAAGAAAAUUCUCUGCUACUUAAUACACCUCAGAUUCCAGAGCUCAAAAUCUGGAAAAAUCUAUUUGCACGAUGAUAUCCGGCUGCUAUUCUCCCGAAAAUCCAUUGAGGUGGACGCGGGGAUCCCCUACGAGCUCAAGUCCUUCACCGAGGUGCCAAGAAACCCCAAGUACUCACCCCGAGUCUGACAGCCUGCUUGGAACGAAGCUCAGACCUUGUCAAAAAGCAGACGCACAAACAAGAAUGUUUAAAGUACGAAGAUGGGAGCGCAAACAAAGGACUUUUCCUCACGUUGGAGUCAACAUGCAUGCCUAGUGAUAGUACAAGUAUUUUGUAGUGUUGUGACAAACAUCUCAACCUGUUUCUAUCUACCAUUGUGAUUCCCUGAGUGGACCAGUCUCAGUCAGUAACAGGUCGGUGAUUUGAUCAUCUCUUGCUACCGUAGGUAGACUCAUAAGCACAGCCAUUAUUGGGGCAGUGAUGUCAUUCUUUUUGACAGGUGGGUGAAAGCAAACCACAGCAACGUGUAAGGAUGUUAAAGGACAAUUAAUCCUUUGUGUAGUCGAUGAAACUGCUCAGGGGUCUAUCACAUGACUGAUAACAUCUUAUAGGUUGGGUUUUCUGUGAGUAUUGACUCUACUAAUCACACACAUCACAGAAACUGCAAUAUAGCUCCCCAGUCCGACAUUUGAGGGCUCAGAAAGAAAGGUUCUACAGGAAGACAAGCUGUGGUUAUGUUGAUUAUGCCACCGUGUGUGUGUGUGUGUGUGUGUUUGUGUGUGUGUGUGCGUGUGCGUGCGCGCGCACACGCAUGUUGGAAGGGAAGCAAGACAGAGGCUUGCAUACUCAGUCUUCACAGGCAGACUAGGAGAGCUCUGUGGGUUGGUAUGUUCUUCAGUUAAAGUUAGUUAAAUUAGUUUAUUUAUUUUACAGGUGUCUUAAAGCAAUAGGCUACAGAGAUAGAGAGUGAUUUUUUUUGUUGUUGUUGUUGUUUCCUAGGAGAAAUUGUUACUGUUGUUUGCCAUCAAAUUGUAGUGUCACUCUGACUUGUGAAGAAAGACAGGGUGGGAUUGUGGGCUGGCGGAUGUAGGUGUGGGAGGGGCAGGGGUGGGUAACACUGGGUGUUUCCAAUAUUUGUAUGUUUAAUAAAAAAAACUCAUUGGCUCACAAGUAACACAGGCGAUCGAUGAUAGCCGGUAAACCAGCAUAGGGAAUUGUAUAGUUCAGCUCACGUGACAAUCUGCCUUUGAAAGAACACAGUGUGAUUACUGAUAAUGUGAGACAGCAGGCUGAAUACACUGCCUGUGUACAAUUGGGCAUUUGGUUGUUUAGAAUCAAUCAUCACCUGCCAGAAUAAGGGGUCAAAUUGGAAUGCUAAGGGUUUAGAAAAACUAGAAUCAGUGUUUUAUUUCUCUUCCUUUCCAGAAAUGACUUCAGUGUCAAGCUUUGCUUUUAAAGACCAUUCAUGCGGUCCUAGCAGUCUAUAUCCAAAUGUAGAAAUAUCUUAUUUGGUGAUUAAGUGACAAACUCGGAAAAACAAUAGAAACAAAAGAAAAGGUCAAAGAAACUGGUUUUGAUUAAAUACCUGAUAAAAUGCAGACACACUGGCUUUGAAAAUACAGUGUUCAGCACAAAUACUGUCUUUAUGCAGCCAAGCUUUGUGUUUGAGUUUUACACAUUUCUAGUCUAGUAAGGAAGGAUGAUACUAUAUUUUUAUCCAGACAUUUCAUUGCACUGUCACAUUUUAAUUGAAAGGGGUUUAAGAUUUUUACUUGAUCUUGAAGUUGAUUACUGUGACUGAUUUGUUAUUCACCAAAGAAGAAAACAGAGUUAAUAACAGCCCUUGAUAUUAAGUUGGAUCUUAUGUCAAUUCCACACCCAUUUCUAAAUAAGUGUCAAAUUUAUUUCAAGGAAAAUAUAGAGCAAUAUUUUAUUGCUGUUUUAAAAUGUUAAUUAGAAGUUAACCAUUCUAAACAAAUUUCCAUUUAAUUUUCAAAAUUAGAAUGUAUCCAUUUUUAAUAUAUUGAGAUAUUUAACAUAUGUAUCUGUGGGCUUCAUUAAAGUCAGUUUUUACAUUUAUAUUCUGAUUUCACUAAGACAUUUUUCGAUAUGCAUAGAAAUAACCGGGUCAAAAGAGUAAAAAUGUGAAGUAUCACGAUUUUAAAUCUCUAAUCAUCAGAAAUUCAAAUUAAUGUCAUUGAUUGUGACCAGUAAGGUGUGUGUUGGUGUUGACACCCUGCCCACGUGGAAGUGCCAAAUGUUAGACAUUUUUCCGAUGAACACUGUACGGUCAGCACAAGUCCUCUCCUGAGAACAUCCCUGUGUGCUGAACUGGACCUCUGCUGUCCCUGUCUGUUCAUUUUCCCUCUCUGCUCCCUGUGUUACACUCAGCCGUGAGUUUUUGCCAUGUCAACAGUUAAUGGCUGUGGGCUGGUUUCUCUGCACAAAAUAAAAGUUUAAAUAUCAAA